AUGAUGUUGAGAACAACCGAAAAGGUGUGUUUUACCCCUGAUUUCAAUGAGAAACCAAUCAUGUUUCUCAAGCAAACAAUUGGUGAUGGUGGUAGUGGAAGAGCCUUAGGAAACAAGAAGAGGGUCGCCGGCAGUUGGACUUUCAGAUUUGCAAGAGAAUCUAAAUUCUCACCUGUGAGAUUCUUGCAGCAAAUAAGAGCAAAAAUGGUAAGUGCGAUAAGAAUUGUUUCUAUUAGAAGGAGAUCCUCUAGGAAGGUUUCUUCAUCCUCUUUGGCCAGAUCACGUUCAGUGUCAGACCCCACUGAUUCACACCGUGCCAAAGCUGUGGAAGAUUGCAUUGAGUUCUUACAUUCUUCUUCAUCUAGAGAGAGACCAAGCUCAGUUUCUGAAUGUUCUGUCUAG